AAAAGGAAGUGAUCUGUGUGUAAGAAAUGCAGAACCUCUAUGGAAUGUGAUGCUACUGAUCGGUUUACUGAGACAAGGCAUUUAGUUUUUAAAAGCGCAAAAAUGCCAGGCCACAUCAAGUGAGAUGCAUCUAUUUGCAGGUGUUAUGUAUUUGAUUGUCCUCCUCCAUUUUAUCUAUACAGCAACCCUGUAAAGUAAGCAGAGAGUCUGUGACUGGCCCAGUCACCUGAAGAUCUUCAUGGGUGAAUGGGACUUGAACCCAGAUCACUCAAGUCCCAGGCCAACACUGACUGCUAUGCCACAGACUCUGUAUAAGGAUUGGCAUGCAGGUUCUGUGUUAAUUCCUACCUACAGAAUGCUACCACCUUGGGUCAACACCUGACACAUUCUGUUGCUCUUGUGAAUAAAGAUUGGGAAGAACUGGAGUCUGCAAGGCUCCGCCCCACUGUAGUGAAACAAACAUAGAUUGUGGGUGUUUUCAGACAAGGGUGUUAGGAUGUAUUUGAACUGUGCCAUUCAUGGAAUUUUGCACAGGAUCCAGAUGCAGACAUCUUCUGCUUGUAAUUCCCCCCCACUGCUGCUUUUUUCUUGGAUAAAAAUUGCACUAAGGAAAAAUAGAUGGAAUAGGUGCCUCUUAAUUCUUAGUGGUAAGAGCCUCUGUGUCCUGUUUGUGUGUUAUCUUUAGCUCAGGCUUGUAAAUAGCUGUCAUUACUGGUCAUGUAUAGAGACCAUAUCUCUGCAACUAGACAACUUGUGGGAUUUAAAAAAUAGUUGCCAAAACAUAUCUGUAGGUGAAAGUGUUAUCUUUUGUGGAUUUAUUUGAAAGUCUGGAUUAUUUACAAUGUGCAAUAUUUUUAUCCCACUCUCCAGGGUAAAAUAAUCUGCUCCCUGCUGUUCCUUUCCUAGCUGAUGAAUGUAGACACUUGUUGCAUGCAGAGCUACUGCCACUAUAACUUUUGCAGUUUCAAGUUGAAUUGCUUUCAAGGAAGCAGUGAUCUGACAUCAUUCAUUGCAAUAAUCUGUUACACUCCUUUGAAUGCAUUUUCCUCUUGAUGCCAUUUUCACCAGCUACCCUGCUUCCCCAAAAUAUUCCCAGAAUGGCUAAUUUGUGCCUGAAGAAACUACUGGAGCAGGCUGGAAGGAAGGACACAAACUACUUCACCAGAUGUUUUGCCAGUUACUUGGUGCCACCACUGCAAAGGACAUCACUGUCUCAGAUGGGGUUAACAAGACAGCAUGCUAAAAAAGAACCUCUCCUUGUCCCCACACAAGCUUUUGCUACAGAUGAAGGUGCCAAACUAACAGGAAUGAAAAUAAAUCACAAUGCAAAAAAACCCUUUGAAAAUGUGGGGAGGAAAAUUCCACAUCAGAUUAUACAUCUGAUUGAUGAGAAUGGCAACAAUCAGGGGACAAUGCACAGAUCUGAUGUGAUUCAAAUCUUGGAAGAGAGGGGGAUGAAGCUUGUUCUAAUGAACCAGAAGGCAGACCCUCCUGUGUAUAGACUAAUGACUGGGCAGCAGAUUCAUGAAGAACGCAUGAAACUUAGAGAAAAACAGAAAGCUGAUCCCAGAGGGGGCCCUGUUCAACAGAAGCAGGUGGUUCUUUCUACAGAGAUUGCGCAGCACGAUUUGUCUACAAAGAUAAAACAAAUUCAGCAAUGGAUUGACAAAAGGCAUCAUGUCAAAAUUAUACUGCAGCAAAGGAAGACAACCGAUGGACCAGAAAAAAUGUUUGCACUGUUUGAUCAGAUUUUGGAUACAAUGCCUGGGAAAGCUACCUACCUUUCUCAGCCCUGCAUUAUUAAAGAAGGAAGAAGUAAAUGUGCGUUGAGACACAUGUCCGACAAAGAAAUCCAGGUAUACAAAAAAAAGCAGAAGGACAAAGAAGUUCAUCAGGACGACAAGAAGGAUGUUCUUGACUCAGAUGCUCUCAAUCAGUGACUUUUAAAAAUUACAAUAUAGAAAAAUAAUUCAAA